AUGGGACGUAAAAAGUUGUCUGGUGAUGAAAUGCGAUAUUUAAAGUUAUUUAGCAGUGUGGAUUUGGCCAGUAAUUUUUAUUUUAGUUACACUUAUGACCUAUCUCAUAGUCUGCAAUACAAUAUGGAACCUUUGUUUAGAUCUGACCAACGAAAAGAUGAUCAUCUGCUAACAUGGAAAUCUAUUCCUAACGACAAAUUUGUUUGGAAUUGGAGAUUAAUACCUCCUAAGUUCCGACCAUUGCUCAAUCGUGACUUUUUCAAGAUGAAUAAUGACCAGCCUGAAUGGUUCACCUUAUUAUUUCAUGGAAGUGUUAGUCAAAUAGCAUUAUCAGCUUGUCGAAUGCCAAUGAUGGUUACACUUAUUGCUCGUAGGUCAAGGCAUUUUGCUGGUCGCCGAUUUUUGAAACGUGGUGUCAACUUAGUUGGUGACGUUGCAAACGAAGUCGAAACAGAACAAAUAGUACAUGACACUUCAUAUGCAUUCCUUCGUCAUGGACGUGUUUCAUCUUAUGUACAAGUGCGUGGAUCUGUCCCUUUGUUUUGGUCACAAGAAUCAUCUAAAGUUGUUGUCGGCAGACCACCAUUAGAAAUCUUACGUGAUGAUCCAUAUUAUGAAGCAAUGGGUUUACACUUUGCCAGCUUACUUAAACGUAAUGGAUCUCCGCUGAUUGUACUGAAUUUGAUGAAAAAAAACGCGAGAAAAGGAAAUUUGAAACAACAUUAUCCGAUGGAUUUGAACGCGGUAUCAUUUACUUGA